AUGGAGGCCGACUGGGAUGAGCUGUCGCGCAUCGCGAUGCCACCGCCGAGUGCGCACGCAUUGCCUACAGUCGCGACGACGAUAGCUUUUGACGAUGUUAUGGAACUUUUGUGGACAGGAAAUGAAUACGGUCGAAUCUCUUCGUUCUACGGACCGGACCUCCAACGAUAUACCUCUGUGCGAGCCCAUCCAGUUUCUGAGGGAAUGGUGCGGCAGAUUCUCUUUCACGAACGGGGCGUGAUAUCAUUGUCAUCGAAGAGCGUACACAUGAUUACGCGGCGUGGUCUGACGCAAUGGCACCUUGCCGACGAGGAUAUGGUCGAUCUUCGCUGCAUGAGCUUCACGGCGCAGCUCAAUCGGAUUCUUGUUGCAGGAUGCCAGCGCGUGAUGUUCACAGUGGACAUCGACAAGGGCACGAUUGUUGACAAGCUGCCCACCGAACACAGUUAUACACUUAUGAAGAAGAGCCGGUAUCUUUGUGCAGCGACAGACACGGGAUCAGUCAACGCACUUAGCCUUAACGAUUUUAGCGUCGUCAAGUCGUGGAAGGCUCACGGAACCGCUAUAAAUGACAUGGAUGCGCGAAACGAUUUGCUCGUCACUUGCGGAUUCUCCGUUCGCCAACUCGGUUCUCCGAUCGUUGAUCCCCUGGCGAAUGUAUAUGAUCUCAAGACGCUAUCCCCAUUGCCCCCUAUCCCUUUCCAUGCUGGUGCGGCCUAUGUUCGCAUGCAUCCAAAGCUUCAUACAACGAGCUUUGUGGCUUCGCAGACCGGGCAGCUCCAAGUGGUGGACUUGAUGAAUCCCAAUGCCAUCAACUUACGACAGGCGAACGUCUCAUUGAUGCUAGGGCUUGAUCUGUCCCCCUCAGGAGAGGCAUUGGCUAUCAAUGAUGCGGAGUGCUCUAUUCAUCUAUGGGGCUCGCCAAGCAAGAUUCACUUCAAUGAGAUGAGCAAGGAGAUAGAGUUCGCGGAUGUUCCUACACGACCCCCACCGAUUGACUGGUCUCCAGAGACUCCACUGAGCAUGGUUGGAAUGCCUUACUACCAUGAGCGUCUCUACUCGGCAUGGCCUAGUCAUCUCUUGUUUGAGGUGGGAAGCCCUCCUGCUCCCUUGGACCAGGCAUUGCUUCCAUACCUGCGCCCGGCCGAGGUGGGUCAUCAUGCUCCGAAUCCCAGAAAGACACUGCGAAAUCAGAUCGAAAAUACCCGUGCAUUGGCCACAGUAGAGCCGGCACUCAUUGCUCCCAAGUUCCUGAGUGAAAAGGCCCGAGACCAGAGCAAAUCGAGAUUGGAGGGCUCCAUUACAGACGCGGCCGAAGCUCUAGCGGGCGCGAAGAUCAAUGGUGAAAGCGACGACGAUCCUCUUCUCAAAUAUAGCAACGUCGAGAUCAAGUAUAGUCGAUUCGGUGUCGAUGAUUUCGAUUUCCGAUUCUAUAACAAAACAAACUUUUCAGGUCUUGAAACUCAUAUUGCCAAUUCCUUCACAAACUCCCUCCUCCAGCUCUUCAAAUUCAUCCCGCUGUUCCGAAAUAUGGCGCUGACCCACGCAGCUAGCGCUUGCAUCUUCGAACACUGCCUUCUGUGCGAACUGGGUUAUUUGUUCGACAUGUUGGAGAAAGCAAGUGGCCAAAACUGCCAGGCCACCAAUUUGCUGAAAACCUUCAGCAGCUUCCGGGAGGCUUCCAACCUCGGUCUCCUGGAAGAGAACCUUCCUAACAAGCCUCUCUCGACUGCGAUCCAAGCUGUCAACCGCUUCUUCCUGACGCAAAUAGCACAAGACUUCCGGAUGAUCCAGCCGAGCUCUGAAGAGCUCGACCAACGCCUUGCGACUAUAGCAUCGGAGUCGAUUCGGUGCAUGUUCUGCCAGAAUGAGACGGUGCGCCCUGGCAAUUCACUCGCCAACGAGCUUUUGUACCCCAACCUGGAUAUGAAGCAUGCUAGGCGCAACCCGGCAUUCCGAUUCUCCAAUAUCCUGCGUGCGAGCAUCGAGCGUGAGACCCAGAACCGAGGAUGGUGCAAUUACUGCCGACGUUACCAGCAGGUAAUGAUUCGGAAGACUAUACACAGAAUGCCCCUCGUUCUGGUGCUUAAUGCGGCAUUGACCAACCCCAUCUGCCGUCGAUUGUGGGCUGUUCCUGGGUGGCUGCCCGACACAGUGGGUAUCAUUAUCGAGAAUGGACAGAUCAUGUGUUUCGAGGGAGAAGACCUCCAUCUCCGGAUGCAGAACAACACUCCUAACCUUGUGGUGUAUGAUCUUGUUGGCCUGGUGGCGGAGAUUGACGUUCCAGAACACCAAAAGGCCCAUCUUGUCUCCUUCAUCAACGUUUCUAUUUCAGAGCGAGAACCACAGGAACGGAGCAAGUGGCAUCUGUUCAAUGACUUCCUGGUCACCGAGGUAGACCGGGAUGAAGCGCUUCGCUUUACUCAGCCUUGGAAGCAGCCUUGCGUACUGGCGUUCCAGGUGAGAGACGCACGCCACUCUGUUGAUGACUCAUGGAAGAAGGCUCUGGAUACCACUCUGCUCUUCCGUGAAUGGUCUUUGAAUGGCUGUCACCAAGUUGAGUCAUGCCGCACCUUGACCGAGGAGGAAAAGCCACAGCCAGGAACGGCCGUGGCACUUGACACCGAAUUUGUUGACCUUGAAAAGGCGGAGAUCGAUGUGAAAGCAGACGGGUCUCAGGAAAUCGUGCGACCCAACAAAAGUGGACUUGCUCGAGUUUCCGUGCUGCGUGGCUCAGGCAUUUCGGAGGGCGUGCCGUUCAUUGACGACUAUAUCACAAUCCGGGAACCAAUUGUCGACUACGUUACACAAUACUCUGGUAUCAAGCCCGGUGACCUGGACCCACGGACGAGCGAGCACAACCUGGUGCCUCUGAAGGUAGCUUACAAGAAGCUAUGGCUGCUCUUGAACCUUGGUUGUGUCUUCGUGGGCCAUGGUCUAGCUUCAGACUUCCGCAAGAUCAAUAUCCAGGUGCCCAAGUCUCAGACCGUCGACACGCAAUACCUCUUCUUCUACCCCAGCAAGAACCGCCGUCUUAGUCUCCGAUAUCUCGCCUGGGCUGUAUUCAAGGAGUACAUCCAGGAAGAGCCAACUCCCGAUACAAUCCAUGGACAUGACUCUAUCGAGGAUGCCCGGAUGGCACUGCGCCUCUGGAAAAAGUUCCAAGAAUACGAAGAUGCAGGGAUCGUCGCCCAGAUGCUCGAGGAGAUCUUCCGUGAAGGUUCCAAGCUGGGCUUCCGACCCCCUCCCAAGAAUGCGACCCCCGUCGUCUUAUCUCGACCAGGCACUGCCGUCACCAUGCAGGACAGCGGUCGUAAUACCCCCAGUACACCCGAUGCGGGCGCUGCAGCUGCAGCUGCAGCUGCAGCCGCAACCGCAACCGCUACAAGUGCCGCCCCAACUAGCGCUCCCACCACUCCCCGCCAGGCUUUCCGACGAUCGAUUGCCCUGACUCCCAGCAAUGGCACUUUCUCCGGCCCGGGAGCGGGAGACUUCUUCGGAAGUCCCUUACGAUAA